UUGACCAGCCUUUGUUCUCUGGCCGUUUUUCCCUUCCUGUCCUCUUUUCUCAUAGGAAAGGCAGAACUCGUAAGGCUGUUUCAGAGCGACACAGAACCCCUGCAGGCUAGGAGCAGUAGGCAAAAGAGCAGAUGGGUUUUCCAUCCAGGGAGGUUUUUAAAGAUGGACUGUUGUGUCAAUCAACUAUCCUGAAAUAUAUCUGCACUUGCUCCGAGUCAUUGGCCACUCCUGGCUGCACCACUUCUUCAUUACAAGGUCACCCUGUGUCACGAAGAUGAAUGUCAUCAUCUCAGCAUGUGUGACAUACUCCCGGUGUAUAUUUUCUAGUAGGAGAAAUGUGUCAAUCAACAGGAACACACUGGGAAGUUUUUGAGGCCUUCCUGUCCUUGUACUCCCGUCAGCCCUGAGAUAACGAGCAUUCUCCACGGGGCUUCCAUAUCUGCCAUUUCUCUCCUUGUGCAGUCAGUGUAUUCGGAGCAAAAAUAAACCAAUUCAUCAUGGGACUGGAUGCUUCAGGCAACUGGUGGUGAGAGAUGGAACCUUUCACAUCUAAGACACAGUCCCCGGCAGUAGUAACUGAAAGCUGGUGCCUUCUGGUGGCUGCUCAGUAGUCCAUGUGGAAUAAGGCUGUGGGUUCAAUUCAGUUCACGGUGGAAACUUGUCCGCAUCACAAAACCAUCACCGUAGUCAGCACUAAUCAACACCUGUGUUGGCAGAUAGUAGAAGGGCUAAGGAACGGAUGGGUAAAGGGGCAGCUGUCAUCCCUACAGGCCAGGCCAUGGGCUUCUGUGGGGGAAUCUCCAGCGCCACUCUUUGUGUUGGACUUGGUCUGUGGCACGAAGGCGUGAGUCUCCAAGGCCCUCAACCUGGCACAUUUCAUGAAUGCUAAAAACAAAUCCAAAACCCCUGUCAAUCACCCUUGAGCAAAAGACCCAAGUGACUGUAUAACAACUCCGUUCACCUCCAGCAGCUGUUUACAUUGUGGCUGGAUUCAGAAAAAACCCACUCAAAAGCUUUUCCUGUACAGCUGUGGGCAGGAAAUUCUUCUGGAAACUGCAGGGAUCCUGGUACAUUUGGCUGGCUCCAUGAAAAUCUUUGCCUGUUUGCAUCUUAAAUAAGGACAUUUUAAGCAAGGAAGUUGCCAGUUCCUGGCUUGCCUGCAGGCGAAUACUUCCGUCUGUAAAACUCGCUGGAAGGCACUGAGCAGCAUGAGAAACUGUGCUCAUGGAGGCAUUUCUGCAGGGCACCCUGCCGAGACUUCAGAACGGAGUCAAAAGGGGCUGUAUCCGAGAUCUGCCCUUAAAGGUCACCAGGAGCAAUGUUUUUCGGUGAUAAGGCCAGAACUGAGGGGGAUGUGAUUUUAAUCUAGAGAUGCAAAGCAGCCUCACAGAGCCGAUAAUUGAAGAGGCAGGGCACAGAUGUACAACUCUGCACAACAGGGGACAGAGUUCUGGGAAAUAAGUAGAAACCAGUUUUUAAAUGUCUCACUUUGUUUUGUUAAUUUAAUCAAGAUUACCUGUCAAACGUGGUAAGUAAAAUGGCCGCAUUUAUUUUGCCAGGUGGAAAACCAAAUGAAUGCAUCUCAGAAGCCCAUUGGAGACGGUCCUGUGUGUGCAAUUUUUGCUGGGUUAGUGGUUUUCCGGGAUCAAUAGAUUUUUAUUGGGUAGUUCCUUCUUAAUCAUUAAAUCUUCCCUGACACUCUGAAUGAGCCCGAAACAUGAUAAAGCAUAAGGGGACAUUCAGCCAAGUAGAUCAGUUGUUUGGACGAAUGCUCUUAACCCCCUCAGUCUGAAUAGAGAAGGCUUGGUGCCCUGGGUUGGCUUUCAGAACUGCAGCCUGUUCAAUUCCAACUUCAGUAGGAUGAAAGGUGGACGUGGGGCCACAGGCCUGUCUACAUACAGGAGUUAUGCUGGUUUCUCUAAAGAGGGGUUUUAAACUGAUUAAUUCAUAGGCUAUGGCUUCACUGCCAAAAAGAUGUGUUUCUACCACAAGCUAGCUAACCCACAUUCGUUGUCUCCCUUUAAGGGAAGAAGAACCCAGCCCCACCUGUGACUGAUCAGCUCGCUGCCUCCUAGAUGAAGCUGUGGGGCUAGGGGUCAGUUGAAGGCCAGUGAGCGCUCAGCUGAGCCAGAGAAUUGCAGGGAGCAGAUUGCUAGAGCAGAGGAAAGAUUAGCUAGUAAGUGAUCCCCAGGCAGAUGACCUUGUGAAUGAGAACUACAGGUGUGCUGGGGUCCGAGCAAGGACUGGAGGGGCUGGGAAAGGUGAGGGGAAAGUCUCUGGGCAUUCGAGCCUACGUGGGGCAGAGGACCUGCUUUAUUUGGGUAUUUUGCUUGUGUGUUCAGUUUAACUAGUAAACUGUGGCCUGAGGCACGGCCUGACCCAAACUCUGGCACGGCAACGAUCCUUCGGUUGCUGGUGAGGCUGCUUACGCGGCCCUGUACGUGAACAUGCUGCUCUGUGCUUUGCAUCAGCCCUGCAUGAGGAGCUGUCUCUGUCACCGCUCAGCUGCGAGACUAAAACGGCUCCGUUUAAUUUGGUGGUCUGCAGACUCAGCUGCUGCUCACGGAGACAACAUCCUCUCCCUGACCUCAAGGCAGGCUCUCCAGUGACAAAGCAGCAAGCCAUGUUCCCGCCGGCUGAGCCAGCAUAGAAGCAGCAAUGAGAGUUUAAAAGACGCAUCUCCUGGGCCUUGUGAAAUGCUGAGCGUCCCUUAAGGGGACAUAUAAAGAGAUGUUGCACCCGGAUUCCGCUCCACUAAUAGAGACACUCCAUACAUGGAACAGUUUGGUAAACGUUUCCCCUCUAAACGAGCUUAGUGGCAGAUCCCCCAGAGGUCUCCAGCACAACACAGGCCUGCUCUGACAAGUGACUCUAGAAAUGGCACCAUGGGGCGCUGGGUUUAUGGUCCAUGGUUUCUGUAAUAAAUGUGCUGAGUUUAAAAGUAAGAUUGCCAGCCCUGCCCACUGAGCCUAGUAUGGCAGAGUCAAGCUGGGUUCUUUCCUUCUUGCGCCUCAUCACCACCAAGAAAGAUGCUGCCAGCCAAAUGUUCUGCCCUUUGUUACAGCCGUGCACCCCCACUGCCUUCAAUAAGCAGGUUGGAAUUUACUAAAUCGCUCUGUGGGUGAUGCGUGAGAUGGGAUAGAUUCCAGCUGAGUGACCGCUGCAGAGAUGAAGUGCAGCAAAUGCUUAUUUUUGUAGCUGAAUUGAGCAGAAUUGACUCUGAGUUCACACAGGGAGGCAAGAAGGGACCCCAUUUUAAGGGUCCUUUCCCCCAGCUUUAAACCCACCUGUCAAGGCUCUGUUUUAAACACGCCAUCCUUCCUGUUGGAGGACUGGGCAAAGGAGUCACUUUGGAGCAUCUCAUUUCUGGGCCUUACUCUGCCAGGGCGCCUGCCAAUGAAUUACAGAAGAGACGCCCUUCGCCUCCAAGGUUGCGGUCAGGGUGGUGCCUCCGCAGCUCCCUGAGGCGUGAGAGCAGAAGCAGCUUCUGAUCUCCAUUCCCUCAGUGCGGUGUGAAUUCAAAGUUCCUUCGGCCGGGUAAUGGAGUGCACUCUGCAGUCACACCAGCGUCACUGGGAUCAGUAUCUGCCCUGGGGACCAUGAGUCACAUCUCAGUCUCUGGUGUGGCAGUGCUAAGUGGUGGGCUGGCCCUACCAUUUUCAAACCGCUCUUUGAUGGGAAUGAAAGAAGAUCCCUUCCACACUCCCCCGUGCAGGAUGAGAGCCUCACUGCUGGCUGCACAUUACAAAUGGGCACUGAAUAUCGGCCCGUGGUGCUGGUCUCUAUUUGGAUUGGGGGGAUUGUACCUAAUGCUAAUCUGAAUAGAAUUGUUUGGGGAUUUUCAUGCUUCCUGGUCCUGUAGCCACGCCCCAGCUGAGCUACCCUGGGGCACCAGGUACUGUACAGAGCGUCUUAAACUGGCUCGCUUUAGCCUCCUCCCUAAGUGUGGCUGGAGAUGCCAUGGCAACAGUGAUCUAACAGUGGCUGAUUAUGCAGUAUCAGAACCCUGCCAGCACACGCGGUGCCCUGCUCCUUGGCUCGGCCCAGACGAACAGUGACUUCAGGGAGCGAGUGACGAACCUUCUCCCUGGGCAAAGCAGCUGCAGAGAGGAGAACGAUGCAGAGGAGACCGGGGCGAACGCUGGCAGCGGGGGAAAGGCAUUUGCAGCUGGGGGGGAAUUCCCCUGGGUGGUGUCGAUACAGGACCUACAACACAACCACCUGGCCUUUGGCUCCAUCCUGAGCGAGCACUGGAUCCUGAGUGCUGCAUCCAGUUUUCAGACAAGGCGUCCGGCUUUCGCCGAGGUUGGUAUAACAGAUCGGAACAUGCAGAGGAAGCCCCAGCCCCAGUACUCAAUCAGCACCAUCAUUCCCCACCAAGACUUCAACGCAAUCACACUGGACAAGAACAUUGCCCUGCUGAAGAUGGCCACCCCCAUAGAGUUCAGUGAUGUUGUUCAGCCCAUCUGCUUCCCCGGCAGGAACCUCACCGCAGCCACCCUGGAGAACUGCUGGGUGUCAGGGUGGCUUCACCCCACCGCAGGACGACGCACAGCAGCGAGCUUUCUAAGGAAGCUCUCAGUAGUGGAUGUGGAUCCCUGCCCCUUGAAGAGAAUCGUUACGACCGAGUGCAGCAGCCACCGGGACUCCGAUAACGUGACUGGAUGUUUGGGGGACCCCGGGAACCCAGUCAUGUGCCAGGCUAAGGGAACUGGAGACUGGGUUCUGAAUGGAGUGCUGAGUCAGGGCGGCAUGAGAUGCUAUGGACCAUUUCUCUACACCAAAGUGGCCUAUUACAGCGACUGGAUUUCAGCCACAACAGCUGACGCAGGAGUCCCCGUAUAUCCCACGUUUGCCAGAGGGCGCUCCGCUUUCCAAGCUCCGACUGAGGAUUUGGGGGGGUCGUUUGAGUCAGCAGAGAAGGUGUUUCGAUCCUCAGUCAUCGCAGAAGCUGGGUCUGACCAUGGCCAAGCCAAGCAGCGACCGAAGGACAUCCAGCCCGCCCAGGAAGGGCUAGCCAGGGCUUACAGCAAGUCUGACCCAGUGUACUAUGACUACUACAGUGGGGAAACGCUCCCCAUUUCUCAGGGGACCUUACAUCUGCCGCAGAUCCUCACGGAAAUGAGCGCUGUUUUCCUUCUGCUCGGGCUCCUGUUUUACUAGAUGAGACACUGUAAUCGAGGCAACUGUGUGAUUGACUGGCCUCGGGGACCAUUCCCAGCACUCCAUCGGUUUUAGUGCUGUUGACAGUGGCACGAUCCAUGUGCACGGGGUGCUGACAGGUCCUCCCCCCACAGCAACGCCCUCGCGUGUUAAUCCGUCUCUGU